AAUAGAGAACCGGAGAGUAUCUUUGUCGUGCGUUCGGCAGCGUCGCCGUCGGUUUCGGAGUAAAAUUUCGUCGGUCGAUUUACGCCGUUCCGCGAUACAUUCCUCGCGCGUACACGCACGGGGCACGCGAAACUCGAUCGGAACACGACCAACGACCACUCCGGGGUGGAAGUUCGCGUCCGUGGCGCGAGUUUCCCUCGCGAGGCUCCGAACGUCGCGAAAACGCGAACCGUGGCUGCGGUGUGUCGGACAGAUGGAUGAGAGGGAACGACGAGGAACGCACUGGGAAACGGAGGAACGACGAAACGAGGCGAAACCAGAGUAAGGUACCGAAUGCCUCGGCGCGCGUACACCGCAAGAUUCCUCGAAGGUUCCACGAGUUCGGGUUCACCUACAGACGAACUGGAAGGAAGUUGAAAACCGCAUUCGAGUGAAUCUAAAUAAAGAACUACGGCAGCGGAUGAGCCUGAGGAACGGGGCGGAGGCUGGGAGCUCUGGCGAAGAGGGAUAUGCGGUGAGUAAGAAUGGUACAACGAGCCGCAUGCAGCGUUGAGGCGAACACAUUCCCCAAUGGCGUACGGAUCAGCGACCGGGAAGCAACAGGGUCGAACGUCGCCGCGACGGACGCGACGUUAGACCGCGUAUCGCGCGACGCCGAGGAAGUACGCGGAAACGCGAGGUUCUCUUUGUUCAAGUGGUUCAAACGGUCCGGGAAUCGCGAGUCGAGCCUCGAGAAGCGACGAAAAACCCUCGACAAGUGUAGAGAAAACGACCCCGACGUGCCUCCCCUCGAACGAAGCGUCUGCUCGAGCACGGAGAGCGUGGACACCUUCUACAGCACCACCACCGUGCGCAGCUUUGCCUUUCACACGGGUACCGUGGGCAGAUGCAACGGACUAUCCUUAGACAUCCUCAAGCAGGCAGCCGAGGUGGGCCCUUUCGCGGCCGGAGCUUCCAAGAUCGCCGUGGGCAACAAAGAGAACCUAGACGCUACCUGUACUCUACCCGCGAAUGCUCACUCUCGCAGAAGGGACAUAACCGCAAGGUACUCUCUGCAACCGUCGGCGACGUUCGCCUCCUGCGGGAACCUACCCUUCCCAGAGAGACGACUGAGCUCCGUCAGGAGGCUCGACGGCGCGGGCGGAAAGAGCAGGAGGGUCCACGUGAAGGGCAAACGACGCGCGCCUAAUCCACCCGUGAACGCGACGAAUGCUCAUGAAACGCCACGGAACAGCAACAGGCGAAAGCGUCGCGCGCCUAAACCGCCAGAGAAGCCGAAGACACCGGUCACCGAUGGCGAAAUGGAUGUAGAGGCGCGCCUGGACGACGGGCAGACGAUUAGCAACGACACCUUGGUGCUUCAGAGAGGAGUUUUGCUGUCGAGGAAGGAGCCAAAGCAAGAGGACGCGGUUCCUCGGGAGAGUCCACCUCCGAUCGUUGGAACUCUGAGCGCAGCCAUGCCGCGACCUUGGUACAAACGCAGCGUCUUCGAGCAUUCUCGAGAGUCCGGAUCGUCCAAACGGGGCGAUGUUCUUCGAGGUUCGUCGACGGUCGAGGCGAAGGAGGAAUGCGCAGCCUCGAGUGUAGUUUCUUCCGCGGGAUACUCGAUGGACGCCUCUUUGUCCAGACUGAGCUUUUUCCAUCGCGGCGGACAGUCGGAGGAGAGGAAGAGGGAUACGAAACGAAAGUCUGGUCUAUCGAUCCUGACCAACAUCAGCGAGCUGGACAAAGAGGCGGCUGCUAUCGUUCAAGAGGAACAGGCUCGCGCCAGGGCCUCCAUGCUGCUCAAGUCCUCGCGGUUCGUCGACUCGUUCGAGAAGAGAAACGAGGUGAACGAGGAGAUCGUCCAGGACAUGGUAGCCUCCGCCAUGGAGAACUCGUCGCCGAGACGAGGGACGCGGGCACUCAUUUCCAAGUUCAACGCCAUCAGCAACAUCACCAAGGUCACGGUCAACGCGAACUUCUUCGCAAAGGGGGGUCGGGAGCAUCAACAGGCGACCAAGUUCGAACGUGACGUCGUGAGGAACGCUAGAGCCAAUUCGUUCGAGCAGACCAAUUGGAAGGAACACACGCGGUUUUCGAGUCCAUCUCUGGCGAGUCAGAGCAGCCACAUCGAGAAAGACAUCUCCAGGUAUUUUCUCCCGCAACAAAAGACCCCGAGUGCCAGGCAGGAGAGUGCAGAGUUUAAGUUGCCUGGAUCCAGAAUCGGUAAAGAACAGACGGAUCGACUCGCGAGCGAGACUUCUGGGAGGAUAUCGUUCCUGCAGAGUCAACUCGCUGCAAAUCGAAUGAACGAUCCUUCGAGCCCUCGAAAGGAGGACGCGGCGACUGCGACGGGGGAGAAAAUGAAAUCAAGACAGGAAGUCGUCGAAAGGAAGGAAAGAAAGUCGAGCAACGAGAACGCCAGGGAGAGCUUGUUCCCUCGCGGUCGUGCCUCCGCCGAGAUCGUCCUGGAGGAGCCAAAAAAAAUGGACAAGCAUCACAUGGAGGGCGUGCAGAAGGAAUUCUCGGACAUCUUCGACGAGAUCGACAAACAGCUGCGCGUGAAGGAGUUGAAAUUCAUCGAUCGUCGCUCAGCCGCUAAUCAGAGGGGCGAAGUUCGCCAAGAGGAAGCUGGAAUAUCAAGUAAGGUAAGCAAAGUGCUCGACAUUCUCGUGGAGGCGGAGAAGGACGCUAAGACAAAGACGAGCGUGCAGGAAAAAUCGAUAGUCGAGGUUGCCUCUCCUUCGAACUCGAAAGCGAAACCAGCCAAGACCAGGUCCCCGACGCUGAACACCGUCGAGGAUCCAGUUACCACGGACCUGAAGGAGAUGCUGAAGGAAAUGAAACACUCGUUACCGAAACGCUCGAAGCCAGGGAAAUUGUUGACGCGCGCAGACGACCAGGGGGUGAUAAAGGAGAACGAAACGUCCGCUGGCCAAGAGAAGACUACCUAUUUCGUGUCCGCGGUGACGAAAGUCGAGAACAUCGCGCUGCGAAACGACUACGAUACGGACAAGCAGAAGGUGUCGUGCUCGGUGCAAACCAGUGGAAACGUGAGAAGAUUGAAUCAACCGACGACAGAGCAGCCGUCGGCGUCGGGCUGGAAACAGGAGAACGUCGUUUACAAAACGUCCGGGAGAAGUCUGGGUGGCACGGGCCUGGUGAAGAACACCUUUCAGCUGAUAAGACCGCGCGAUUUUGCCGAGAUCGAAGCCACCAAGACGACGAGGACUGGUUACAGCGAGAACACGUAUGCGAAUGUGAUCGAACAGUCGCUUUACGCGAACGCUCACGUACCACCUUCGCCUAAACAACGCACCAGUCCUGUUAGAAUUGAAGAGUCGAAGAAGACUAAUAACGACGAUGCACCGACGAAUUCGUCUCUGCCGGCUGAACAAACAACACAGCGCAAGGAUGGCGCCUCGCGGGGUGCCGAAGAAGAGAACAAUUCAACGGAGAAAAACAUGAAUACGCUCGCCAUAAACCGAUUACUCCGAAAGUUGGAAGCUGCGAUUGCAUCUGGUCAUCAUCAACAAGCGGCUGGGCUGGCCAAGGAACUGGCGCGGCUCAAAAUUCACUGCUCCGUAAUUCGACAGCGAUCGACUCGUCUCAAAGAUCAGUUGAUUAAAGUCAAUAUGUACAUUGAGGACAAGCUCGCUCAUCAAGGCCCGAUACCACUCCAGCUGCCGAGCAGAAUGACGGUGGCCGAGUUGAAAACGAAGGUACACACGGAAUUCGAGAUACCGACGAACGUGCAACGAUGGAUCAUCGGUAAGAACCUGGCUGACCGCGAUGGAGCGACGCUGAAAGAGUUACAAGCGGUGGAUGGGUCACCGAUAUUUUUGUACCUCGUGGCCCCAGAUUUGAAACCUGAAAAUGUGAUACAAGUAGACAACCUUAAUGUAGAGAAACUGCCAAAUGUGAUAAACGAUGAAGCAAUUGCGUCUACGGUAGGACUGCAGGCUGUGGAAGAAGAUCAAGAAGUGGUCGAAGAACUUCAGGAGACAGAGGACAAGGAUAUACCAGAGGACGUCAGGAUGGAACGAUACGAGGAACUGAUAUCCUUAGAAAACUGCGACGUUAUACCAAACUCUGAGCCAAUCGAGUGUCCCGUAUGUUUCGUUACAUACGGUCCGCGCGAGGGCGUAAUAUUAAGAGAUUGCCUACAUAUGUUUUGCAGGUCAUGUAUUGCUAAUACGAUUAGAUACUGCGAAGAUGCCGAGGUAAAAUGUCCUUACAGGGAUUCGGAAUAUACUUGCGAAUCCACUCUUCAAGAACGUGAAAUCAAGGCGCUUGUGGAGCCAGAAGUGUACCAACAACAUCUUGCAAAGUCGAUCGCGCAAGCGGAAAACAAUGCUGGGAACAACGCGUUUCACUGUAAAACACCAGAUUGUCCCGGAUGGUGCAUUUAUGAUGACGAUGUGAAUAAUUUCCUUUGUCCCGUGUGUGGCGCAAAUAAUUGUCUCACUUGUCAGGUCAUACACGCUGGAAAAAAUUGUAAACAGUACCAACAAGAACUAAGGCUAUCAAAGGAAACGGACCAGGAGUCGAGAAGAACAGCCGCCAUGCUCGAAGAAAUGGUGGACAGAGGCGAAGCGCUCUCUUGCCCGACGUGUGCGGUUGUGUUGAUGAAGAAAUGGGGUUGCGAUUGGUUACGUUGUUCAAUGUGCAAGACCGAAAUAUGCUGGGUAACGAGAGGUCCACGUUGGGGUCCAGGAGGAAAAGGAGACACGUCCGGUGGCUGUAGAUGCAGAGAAAAUGGAGUGAAGUGUCAUCCUCGCUGCAAUUACUGUCACUGAGAACUAUGAAAAGAUACACUUUACCGCAACAAUGUAUAAGUAAAAAAACAAAAAAAAACAAAAAAAGAAAAUGUACCGGGCGAAUUUUUGUAUGACAUCAACAAAGUACUAAUGUUUUGAGUUCGACCAGUACUCUAAACGUCCGAAACCUUUCAUACGUAUUUAACAACGAGUUUGAUAACUGAUAAAGCGAUACUGAUAACCCGUAUUGGUUACACGCUGCUUGUUCAACGAUUAUCCUUAUCGCAGAACCGUCCUUCGUGGAAUUGAAAAUAAUGAGAUAAUAAAAGAGGUUUCGGUUUCU